AUGAGGCGAUGUUCAUGUUGCAACGAAAAGGAAGUUAAGAAGGGUCCAUGGAGUCCAGAAGAGGACCUCAAACUCAUUCACUACAUAAAUAAGGAGGGCCAUAGUAACUGGCGUAAUGUUCCAAAGCAAGCAGGUUUAUUGAGAUGUGGGAAGAGUUGUAGGUUGCGCUGGAACAACUAUUUGCAACCUAAUAUUAAGCGAGGAAUGUAUUCUCCUGAAGAAGACCGAAUAAUACUACGAUACCAUGACAGGCUUGGAAAUAAGUGGUCAGAAAUAGCGAAGCAAUUGCCAGGACGAACAGACAAUGACAUAAAGAAUCACUGGAAUACCAGAUUGAAAAAGAGACUGAAGCAAUUAGUGCCAUACAAGGAAUUAGUGCCUCCAUUCAUAUCUUCAUAUUUUGCCCGUCUAGAGGCUGAAGCAAUGAUAGCCAGAAACUUGCUGAGCCUGGCUGUUAAUGGAAAUUUUGAUCUGGACCAUCAAAUCGAAUCAAAUGACAUGGUAACAAGUUCUAUUGUAUCAAGUACAGUGGACCAUCUGCUACAAUCAUAUGAUUGUCAAGGAUUUGAUAAGCAUUUUAUCAGAGAAGAUCGAUUCAUCCCUUCUUCAAACACAUUCAAUGCUGAAAUGCUUAAUCAGAGUGCUAAUAAUAAUUUUCUGCCAACCGAACAUAACCCUGCGGAUUCCAUCUUGGGUUUCGUAUCAAGUGCAAACAGUGGAACUCAUGAAGCACGGCAUAUUUCUCCUCCUCCUAUGCUGAACAUGAACACCCAUAGAGCAUCAAUUCCACAAGAGUUUUGCCUCGAUUUUACACAAUUUCCAGAGUACUCCCAAGAACUAGCAGAAUCCCAAACAUCUACAAAUUUGUUGAAUGUAGAGGAUGUCAAAGGCUAUUGGAUAAAUAUGCUAGAAUUAUCAGAUAAUAAUUGA